AUGAUACCAAUGUCAGUACUACAUUCUCAAUUAUUGGCAAUAUUAUUAUACAUUUCGUUAACCCACGCACUAUCGUUAAGUAGAUGUUCCUCGACCAACUUGGGCGGUGAAAAGACCAGCAGCGAGUUUAUGUCGAAUGGGCUUUGUCGUGACACCUGUUCGAAAGAUGGGUAUGCCGUUGCUAUAUUGUCAGGAAACGACUGUUACUGUACCAAUGAUGUUCCAGCAGACACUGCAGAUAUGUCGAAUUGUGAGAUUGGGUGUCCCGGGUAUAAGGACGAGGAAAACUGUGCUGGAGGUGGUUAUUUCGGGUACUUACUUAUUGGGCAACCAUCAGCAACUGUUGGAGGAGAGACAAGCACAUCCAGCAAAGCUACAAAGACUUCCAGCAGCAGCACUAGCAGCAGCACUAGCUCCACGAGCACUACAAGUUCCAGUUCCACAAGCACAAGUACAUCAACUAGCAGCACCAGUUCUAGCACAAGCACAUCAGCUAGCAGCACCAGUUCUAGCACAAGCACAUCAACUAGUAGCACCAGUUCUAGCACAAGCACAUCAACUAGUAGCACUAGUUCUAGCACAAGCACAUCAACUAGUAGCACUAGUUCUAGCACCACCAUUUCAACUACUUCGUCUAGUCCCGACACCCCUUCAACAAGCUCACCUCCCACCACAAUGGUUACCAAAACAACCCAAGUAACAGAAACUCACCGUUCCAGCGAUGUUGUCCAAGUCACACAAUACUCCACCGAGGUGCUUACCGUGUCUCCCAGCACCACAUCCAAAUCUAAAUCAACAAAGUCAUCUUCGCAAACACCUAUAGUAUCGACAAAAAUCGAGCAAACAACCGCCUACUCAAUCAAGACAGUAAACGGCACCCAAACACAAGAAAUCAAGACAUUAUACAUAACCCAAUUCACCACACAAUCAACCCUGGAUUCGACAACAUCCUCCACAAGCUUUGAAUCAAUUUCCCAUUUGCGGUCUCAAGAUGCAUCUACUGCCCCAACCCUGUCGGCCCCCAGCUCAUCACCAACAGCUGCAAGAAGCAAGGACACAUUCUUCGACGACAAGGGAAAAGUUGCUGGUACUUUUACUGCGGUGGGAAUUGUUGUUGUGGGGAUCGUCGGCGCCAUGUUGUACUGCUGCUGUUGCUUUGGUGGAGCAGGUGGUAGAAACAACGACCACGACGGGUACAGCGACGAAGAAAACCAAUACAGCUCAGAUGAGUUAUCGGUCAACCAUGCUACUGUUGUUGCUCCAUACAGCAAGCAUUCAUCCUUUUCGACAUUAAAGAGAAACAGUUCCUCAAAGACUUUAUUUGCAUAUUUUACUGGUGACAACAACAAAGAUAAUGGGGUCAAUAGAAGCUCAUCAAGACGCAAGUUGAUGAGCAGAAGAAGCAGCCAAAUGAGCUCCUCGCCAAAUAUCAACAACCCAGAAGUAGACGCAGGAGCCAUGUUCCCUAUUAAUGAGAUAGAUUCGAGAUUAGAUCCAGACACAAUGUUUUUAAAUCAGAAUUUUUCAAACAAGUCGCUUGGCGAUAAUCAAGAUUAUUCAAGAAAACUUAAAAUCACUAAUCCCGAAUAA